AUGGACAACGACUGCAACUUUUCGAAAGAUAACAUUGAAACCAGUGAGAAGGGAGAGACCUCCCAAGAGAACAUUGCUGGUAGCACACAACAAGAAUCACCAGCUAGAGAGUGUAGUAAUGCAACACAGGAAAGUAUCACAUUUACCAACACAGAAGACAGUGAAAGUGAAGGCAAGGGAUGUGUUUCACAUGCAGGUGCUGAAGUGAAGUAUUAUUGCUCACAGUGCCACACCGCUGUCUGUGAUGUGUGCAUGCAGACAGAUCAUGUAGGCCACACGACCACUGCCAUGUCUGGAGCUAUGACAGGGGACAGAGCAUCCUUGACUUCCUUGGUGUCCACAAUAAAAGACGCGAUUCCACGUGUGGAUAAAGCGAUAAAAGUGGUGGAGGACAUUCAAUGUCAGCUGAUCGUCAAUACAGAAUCGGCAAAGAUUAAGAUCAACUCUUUGUUUAACGAGCUGGCGUUUUUGGUGGAGCAAAGGAAGCAAGCAGCUCUGGGAGAUCUGGCACAGAAAACUGCUUCCAAAGAAAAUGUCUUGAAGGAGCAGAAGAGG